CCUAUCAGCAUAUUUUAACCAAGUUUAAAGCAGCAGUUAAACAAUCACUUGGUACUGAACAACAAAGUGGUGAAUACCGAGCAAUCGAACACAGCCAAAAUUUUGAAGAAGUGAAACUGGCUCGGACUAACAUUCAACAAAGCCGACAAAAUCCUGAUUCUCCCACUCGGCACGUGCCGGAUAAUAAUUCUCCUAAUCAACCCGAGCCCGAUAAAAAGAAGGAUGUCAAGAAAAGAAAUGAACUAAGCGAGUUGAAAAGUGGACCAACGGAGGAGGAAAAAGAAUGGUUAGAAUUAGCAAGAGCCAAAAGUAAUUUAAGUCGUAAGUUGAGCAAAAAAGAGUUAACUGAAAUUUUGUCUCGGCGAAAAGAAAUUGCCGAAUUAGAAAAACAACUAGUAAGAAUAAAAUCUUUAAUCGAAGAAGGUAAAAGUAAAUUAAGUCUAGAAGGUAAUAAUGUCAAUGCCAAACUUGUUCUUCCAGGUGGCAUUUAUAUUCAAAAAGAGGAUGACAAUACUAACUUACUUCAAAUCAAAGACAAAGGGGGAAAUGAUAUAGAUGUUAAGUAUGACAUAAUGAAUUUGAAAAUCGUUGCCAACGAUGAAAAAAAAAAAAAUGAUUACGAUAGAGGAAUAGAAUUUGAUGGGGCAACUAAUACUUUAAUUUUAAAUACUAGCGAUUUUGGCAAUGGCCUCGACAGCAUUGAUAUUUCUUCCUAUUUUUUUAAUGAUGGUUUUCCGCCAUCUUUAUAUAAUCCUAGCGAUUUUAAAAAUUACCAAAGAGAACUUUUUGCUCUGGAAGACUUGCUAACUGAUUUAGAAACUAAUUAUCAAAGUCCUCAAAGCAACAUUAGUAAUUCAGCCACUAAACUUAAUGAACUAUUGGUUUAUUAUUACCCUUCGGGAGAUGCUAUAAAGCAAGACCUUUUUGAUUUGCGAGAAUCUCCGGGUAAAACUGGGAUAUUUGGUUUUGCCAAUGCCAAUGGUUUUGCUAUUGCUCAACGAGGUGGUUCACAAAUUGGUACAGUUACGAUUGGGAAGCCUUAUUAUUCAGGAGACCAGACUCCGGGUGCUAGUGAAAGUGGCGAUGACCAUUUGUUGCCUGGUGAUCCGAAUGUUGAGUUCAUCAAAAAAGCUCUCAAAGGGGGAAAAUAUCGGGGCUUUCUGAUUAUUGACCCUGCCCAAACUGCUUCGAUUGCUGCUACCAGCGGCCGAAAACAUAAAAUCCUUUUCGGUCAUGAGUGUGCGACGGGAGCACCUCAGUAUCAAAAAGAACGAAUUGAUAGUUUUCGAAAAUUCCUUUCGACAAAUAUGGAGACAGAAAGUGAAGAAACGGAUAAGAGAAAAUGCUUUGGUUUUGAAGUUGCCGAUAUUAGUCCGAAAGGUUAUUAUCAGAACCUCUCUGGCGGAGCCGCUAGUGCUGGUAAAACCAAAAUUACUUACGAUAUCUUAAUGGCACCUGAUUUAGAUGCGGCCAUUGAUUUGGCCUUUUUUGGCAGGCCUUAUAAGGAUAUGCAUAAUGUUGAUAAUAGUCUGCUUUUUCUGAACGAAAUAGAGGGCAAAAGUAAAAAAGAAAUCCUAGAUAUCUACUUCAACAAAGUUGAUAAAUGGGGGAGAAAAAUUGACAAAGUAAUUAGUGCUUUAAGUGCGGCUCUUGGCGAAAAUAGAGGACCAGGUCCCAACCCACCACCGCAACCAAAUCCAGAUAUUCCUUCACCCAAUGAUAACAAUAGUCUUUCGGCCGAAAUUCUCAGAAAAAUAGAGGAAUUACUUAAUUCUGAAACUGACCCCUAUGCCAAGCAGAUUUACCAGGAAGUUAAAAAUAUGAAAACGGUUGACGGAAUUACCCUGAAAACUGUCGAAAAAUUAAAAGAACUACUCGAAUUAAUCAAGUUUGCUUACGGAGGAAGUUCUCCUGAUAAUACUUUACAGAAAUUAGAAAUUUUCUCCUCGGCAGCAACCAACACGGUAAAUAACCAUAAAGAAAAUCCUGGCGAUGAAGAUGGUUAUGCAACCAAGGCUUGGAAAAAAAUCGCCAAUUUCUCCAAAAAAAGACAAGAAGUUAUUGAAAAGAGCCGCAUGGCAGAAGCCCAAACAGUGGCAGAACUAAAUCAAAUUUACCAACAAAUGAAAGAAAAUGAAAAAUUUGCUGGUAGUUUAAAAGAGAGUGUUGAGAAAAAAUCUUACCCCCGGGCCCAAAUUAUUGCGGCCAUAAGAGAAAAAAAAGAUAAUGCUAGUCCAGAAGAAAAAGCCUUAAUUAAAUUAAUAAAGGACUUCGUUAUUAAAGCAGAGAUAGAUACUGAUUUUGGUGACGAUUUGGAUGAAAGUGUUCUACAAACUUUAAAAACCAAAAAAGUAGCCUUGACCAAUUAUGCUACUAACAAUAAAACAGAAAACAAAGUUUAUCGGAAUUUAUCCACUGAAAAACAAAACACCAUUACCCUUCUUAUUUCAGAACUUGCUGAAAAAAUAAUCAAGAUGGAAAAAGCCAUCCAAGCGAAAAAAGAACAAGAUAGGAAAAAUAAUAAAAAUCCUAAUACUUCCCCUCCGGCACCUUUUUUGAAAACUACCUUUGGAAAAAUUACUAUCAGUCUCAUAGUAGUAGUUGUGUUGGGCUUAAUAAUUUGA